AUGAAGACUCGACCUGCUGGGAUCGGGAAUGUCAAUGCAGAUUGGAUGGGCUCCCUGCCCCCCAAACUCUGUGUCAUGCCCCUUAAACAUCUUGCGAUUCCAGGGUCCCAUGACUCGUUCACCUAUUGGGUAGAUGUACAUGCUCCUGUAGGUCCUGAUCAAAAGGUCUAUGUCAAAUACUUGGCCACCAUGUUUAGCGUUUUAGCCAAGAAGGUCAUGGUGAAGUGGUCCAUGACCCAGAACCUGACUUUUAAGGAGCAACUGGAUGCAGGCAUUCGCUACUUUGACCUCAGGGUUUCGUCCAAACCAGGCGAGCCGGGGCUGGAGAUAUUCUUUAUCCAUGGGCUGUUUGGACACAAGGUGAGGGACGGGCUCCGAGAAAUCAACGCCUUCUUGUGUGAGCACAGGACAGAGGUCAUCUUCCUGGAUUUUAAUCACUACUACAAGAUGAGCUCACAACACCACGAAUACCUCAUCAAGAUGCUUCAAGAAGUAUUCGGCAAUAAGCUCUGUAAAAACUGUGACGUGGAGACCAUCACUCUGGACUACCUCUGGAAAAGCAAAUACCAGGUGAUAGUUUUCUACCAUCAUCCAUCAGGUGAAGGCGUCCCUGCCAUGUGGCCUGGCAGCAAGAUCCCCGCACCAUGGGCAAACACCACUGAACCCGGCAAGCUCAUCCAGUUUCUGGAAACCACACUGAAGCAAAGAGCCAAGAAGGGUUCGUUCCACGUGUCCCAAGCCAUCCUCACACCUCGGGUCAACACUGUGGCAAGAGGACUGGUUUGGGGGCUACGGAAUUAUUUGGUGGAAAGAAAUCUCCCAGCCAUCAUGUCCUGGGUGGAGGUCCAGAAGCCCGGAUUGGAUGGCGUCAACAUUAUCACUUCUGACUUUGUGGAACUCACUGACUUUGCCAACAUUGUCAUCAGACUCAACAACUCGUUGUUGUCUCAACACGAACGUAAAGACAGAUGA